CUGCUUGCUGCAUAUGUAAUGUAUGCUUUAACUCUUUAACGUCCUGUGGGUUUACUGGAAGCUGCCACGGAGCCCGCGCGCCGUAUUGGCGGUGGAGGCCCCGCCAUAUCGUGACCCACCAAUCAGCAGAAGGUCUGCAGGUGAGCAACGGGAAGACACGUGGUGUGGUUCUCCACAAGAAGAGUAACACAAACACGGUGGGAAAGAUGGAAAACAAGUGCAGUCAGGUGCAGAACAUUGAGCGAGUGCAGGCUCUGGAAGCCUGGCUGGAAACGACCAACACCAGGCUGACCCAGGUUAAUGGCCAGAGGAAGUACGGAGGACCGCCUGAGGGGUGGAACGGUCCCACCCCAGGCGAGCACUGUGAGGUCUUCAUCAGCCACAUCCCUCGGGACGCCUACGAGGACCUGCUCAUCCCCCUGUUCAGCUCUGUGGGACCUCUCUGGGAGUUCCGCCUUAUGAUGAACUUCAGUGGCCAGAACCGGGGCUUUGCCUACGCCAAAUAUGGCACACAGACCCUCGCCACAGAGGCCGUCCUCAAGCUGAACGGCUACAUGCUGGAGCCCAAGUGCUACCUCUGUGUCCGCCGCAGCACAGAGAAGAGACACCUCUGUAUUGGAAAUCUGCCAGCUGCCACUAAACAAGAAGACCUGAAGCAGGUGCUGCGGCGGCUGGUGGAGGGGGUGGAGAGGGUUUCUCUGAAGACCGGUCCUGGCAUAGAGGGGGUCUCUGCUGUCGUUGCCUUCUCCUCCCAUCAUACCGCGUCGAUGGCCAAGAAGGAUCUAGUGGCAGAAUUCAAGAAGCGAUUUUCAUUGGAGAUUUCCAUCAAGUGGGAGCCAGGAGAGAACCCGAGCCCCAGCCAGACAUGUUCUCCUCCAGCCCAAAAGAUUCUGCUGCAGCCGUGCUUCGUGUCCUGCAGCCAGGCCGUCUCUCACCCUUCAGCCCCGCCGCAGCUCCAGCCUGCUGCUCCACCCGUCUCUCCAGGGUUCUGCAGGGCAGUGGGGGAACCAGUCUCUCCCCUGCAGCCACACGCGUGUUACCCCCUCCCAACCUCCCACCACCCCCAGCAACACAUGGUCUGUGCGCCGUCCCCAGUGAUGCUCCUCCAUAAGGUUUGCGAGGCCAACGGGUUUGGCCAGCCGUUCUAUGAGCUACACUACAGUUUGGCCAGACCAGAUGGUUUCGUUAAAUUUACCUACGAGGUUCUGAUCCCCGGCAUCAGCAGCACCUUCAGGGGGAAGGUCAUGGUCCUGCCAGGACCCAGUGUCAGAGUCAUGCUGGAGGAGGCUCAGCGGGCCAUCGCCCAGCAGCUGCUGCAGAGGAUGUUCCACAACCAGCAGGCGGCCUGAACACUCCACCGGCUUCCAGCUGCAACGUUCCUGUUUCACAUCUAUGUUUUACUGACAACAAAAAAUAUUUCAUUCUGCGUCAUUUCUUCUUUUCUGCAUGUUUUUAAUAGUGUUUGUUAACCUGUAUGUCCAGUUUGAGUUUAAGAAGUUUGUUUGCAUGGUUUUUUUUUUAGAAUUCUUGUUUUAUUCUUGCUGUGUUCUGAGUUGCUCAUUUUAAUAAAAAUGAGAUUUGCU